AUGCAUCCCUCCACAGUAAAUACAAAUAGUGAAAUGACCAAUUCAUCACCAACAUUUAAAUUUGGCCCUACAAAUUUAAAUUUACCUUCACCUAAUUUUACUCAUAGUCCAACAUUGAAUUCAAAUGGAACAAAUUCAUAUCAACAUUUUUCUUAUACUGAUCUUGUAUCACCAACUCGAAAUUAUAUGGAAUUAUUACAUACAUGGAAUUAUCAUCGAUUUUUAUCAUCAAAACUAAAUGCUGAUCAACUGUCAGAUGAUUCAUCUAAUGAUAAUGAUCCACGAACUAGUUCAUUUCGUCAUUAUAAUUCUCGUUCAUUACAAAAAUUACCUUCUCAUAAAACUGAUGAUGAAAUAUUUUUAACAAAAUUUCGUCAAGAUACAUUAGUGAAUUUAGAUUCAGGUGAACCAAAAAAUAUUCAACAAUUAACAACAAAUGAUUUUUUAACAAGUGCUAAACGAAGUCGUCAAUAUUCAAGUCUUUUAGCCCGAAUAGAUUAUAUUAGUCCAGUUGAUAAAAUGACUGGUAAAGCUGAAUUACGUUUUCAUAUUGAUGAUAUGGAAAAAACGAAAUGCCUUUUUUUUGUUCAUCAACAUUCAUGUUGGUCAUCGAUAUCUCCUGAGCAUACAUAUCAUGCAUGUGGUUUAAAAUGUCGUCAAUUAGAAUGUGGCGAUAUAAUUAUAGCUAUAACUGAACAACGAAGAGUAUCAUCAACGAAAUCAAAUGGUAAACCUGUUUAUCGCCAUCAAUCCCCAACAAAAUCUUUAGUUGGAAGACAUACAAAUGAGCAAAUAUCGUCAUCAUCAUCAUCAUCAAAUAAACGUCAUAAAAUAUCUAAGGAAUAA